AAUUACGUCGUGUGGUGCCUCUUUUGUAAUUUUUACCCUUUUUUAGUUUUGUCAUAAUUUAUUUUAUACUUAUUUCAAAUAAAACAGAAAAAUAAUUUAUUUUUUGUGGUCUAAAUAAUAAAAAGUGAAAAAAUUAAGUGUAUAAUUGUAUAUGCGAUCAGCAUAUUGAAAUAAUAUAAAAGGGUCAAUCAAACAAGACUCUCAAGUAAAAAUACGUGUUAUUUGUUGUUUUACUUGAGAUUUGAUUCCCUUGCUUUCUGUACCCGACCAACAACUAACAAAUUAUAAAAUCAAAAAGAAAAACGAACGAAUAACGUCUAUUGUUGAUUGCUGAACAAACUAUUUUUUAGUCAUCAUCAUGGAUAUUAUAGAUGUUGAUGAGGCACUUAAAGAUGAUUCCUUUAUAUUUCUCGAAGACAAAACACACGAUGAUAUAUCAAAUAUUUUGCAACAAUGGAAAAGUAAUAAUGUUAUACCGCCUUUAAACAACACCUCCUCCCAUUCACAGCCACAGCCACAGCAACAGCAACAAGAACAAGCUUAUAAAUAUGAUUCCAGAACAUUCACGCGACCCAAACGGAAAUCUGCUCAAAAUCUUGAACUGCAAUUCACAAAUUCAACGAAUACUUCACAGUAUCAGACAAAUAAUCAUCACCAACAAAAUGCUAUGCAUUCACAGCCAGAUAAUCCGAUGUUUAAUUUAGAAAUUGGUGGUUUGGUCACAAAUAUGCAUAAGUCAUUUUUGCAAGAUACAUCACCGCCACCAUUUUCAUCCAUGGACGCGUCUAUGGACCGUAUGAACAAUUCGCUAAUUACAUCAGCAGAUUUUUCGAAUAUAAACUUUUUGCAGUCGACCAACAGCUUAGAUUUUGGUGGUUCAGAUGCGGUUGGAUUUAGUAACUUUAACCUAACUGGUAAAGUAACAAAUGAUGGUUAUAGCUUAAGUGACAUGAUUCGAGACCGAAAGGCUCUCGAAUCACUGACCAUGUCUAGUGAUGGAACUUUAAUUAAAGACUCACACAUUGGACAAAUCGAUGAUAUUUCUCUGACCCUCAGUAAAACGGCAUCGGGUUGCAGUACAAUGGACAACUCCACAGAAAGCGUCGAGGCUAAUAAUCGCACAGUAGAAAUCGUUAACAGCAACAUGGAUAGAACUUUCAAUGGUGGUGUGCAAUUGGAAUUAGCCUCGUGUCAUGGAUUAAAAACUUCAGGGAGUAAUAGUGGUGGUAACCAAAUACCGAAUGCUCUUCAGCGUACAAUGAUUCUAUCGGAUGAAAUGAUUGGUGAUAUUACCUAUAAUUUGGUUGAAAACAGUAUGUAUGCUAGCAUACCCUCAGAUCAAGCUCUUAGCGUAACUCAAAACUAUGGGGACACACAAAAUUCGGCAAAGGAGAAUAAGCCUGCAGCAGUUCUUGAUGAGACAAUAUGCUUAUCAACGGCAAGUGGAGGUGCCGAUAGUGUUACAGAAAAUGUAAAAGCCGGAAACUCAACAUUUGAAUGUCAGAAUAUCACACCAGAUACGCGCUGUGAAACACCCGAGGGUGUAGAAAAGAACAUUGCAACCAUGAAGAAUUAUAUGUCAACUCCUCAUGCAUCCAGUGUACGUUAUAAUAAACAUCAUUACACUCCGACGUUAAAAAUGGUUUAUGAUGGUAACAUAUCGCCGAUAGUUCCACCUACCGGUGCUAAUGCCACAAGAGUUCUUAACGAGACUUUUGAAAACAAUCAACACAAAGCAAUCAACGAUCAAAUGAACAAAACUAACAUCAUAUAUCCAACAUUCGACAAGAAUUUAAAACACUUAGAACAGCCGAGUCCUUCGCUCGAAAUGAAGAACGUUAUGGAUUUAGCCCAAGCUGAAGCUAAUCUACUGGCAUCGAAUAACAAUGAGGAAGAAUUCGAUCAUAUGUUGGAUGAAUUUAGUAAAGUGGAGUUGAAUGCGGAGCAAUUGAAAAUGAAAAAGUCAUUAGACUCGAUUAAGAGACGCUUUAACUAUGGCCCAAAUAGAGAUAAAUCGCAACAAAGAGAAAUUUCGCGUGAAGCUAAGGACAUGCGUGAUAUGAUGAGGGUAUCCGCAGAUAUAUUGGGGGAGGAAGACCACUCUUCCAAAGACUAUCUUAAUAUGACCAUGGAUAUUGUUACACAAGAUGAUUGCAAGAAAUCGAAAGAGCAUUUAGUGGAAUCCCCUCAUGCGUUAAGCGAAACGUCGUCUGAUGUUAUAAAGAGCCCCCUUAAAGAUUCUGUUACGACGAGCAGUAUAACGGAUUCCAAGAUUUCAAAUGGUCUUAGUUUAUCUUCGGUAAGCACUGCAAGUACUGGAGGCGAGCGUCUUUUAAGCCGACGAAGUCGUUUAUAUGAUGACUUUAAUAUGUCCACGCUAUCAUCGAGCUCAAUGCAUGGUACUAAAGUAUCUUUGGGAUCAUCGUUUACAGUACACAAAGAAGAUGAUGCUAUAGGUGACAUUCGGCCAAAUAUAACAAAUGAGACUGAAAAUUUAAGUGGUCAAAAUCCCCUUGAAAUGGUGCAAGAAAAGACUGAGUCAAUGCCAGAAACACAAUCUACUUUGUCAACCCAACAUUCGGAUAACGCCAAAGAAUCGACACCUGGCCAAUAUAGACUGGUUGAGAAACGCGAACGGGAUCGUGAUCGAUUUAAAACUAUUAAAAUAAAUAAAAACCGCAAUGGUGACGCGGGCUGUGGAGAUGGUCUUUCGGGAUUUGAAUUAAAUGUGCCUUGUAUUGAUGACUACGCUAUUGAUGUGAACGUUGAAAGUGCAGAAGAUUCCGAACAGAUGAAUCAGAGGUUUUCCAGACGUGAUCAAACUGCUUCCCCUGUUUUCAAUAACAAUAAAUCCGAAGUUGAGACGAAUAUUACGAAUAAAUCAACAUCGAAAAUAAAUCCUAACUUCUUAACUUACAAGAAACCAAAAGAUAAAUUACAAACUAAUAUUCGAAACUUGCCAGAGGUUGCACCCGCUCCUACUGCUGUCCCUGUAGCACCGGAAGUAGCAUCCUCUAAGCCUCGUUCAUUAUCUCGACCACGAUAUCUUAGCGGACUGACAAAGUUUUCCGCAGUUAGCAAAGCGACAUCGGCUGACGAACUAGAGAAAUCUAUUCCACGACAAACAAAUCUAAAUGCAACAACCUCUGCAUUGAAUGUUGGUCUAUCAAAAGGAUCAAGUGCGGCAAAUGUCUCCUUAAAUCGCACACAAGUUGGCGGACCUAAUGAAAAGCAAUCGGGUGAACUAAAAAGCCCCAUGGGUAUCAAAUCAAAAUCUUUUCAUAACUUGUCAAGCCAUCAUACUUAUGCCAACAAUACCGGUGGAGGCUUGCAAGCACCUAAAAGUUUUGGCCUUAAAAAACCAAGUGCAACAGGAAUUUCAACCGAAAAAUUGGCCAAAGCAAAUCCAAAUCGAAAUUCAUGUUUGUUAAAUCCCAGCAGCAAUCAAAUGCCGAACACGCAACAGAAAUCUGACGAAUCAGUAUUUAAAGUUCCGAAACUUGUAUCUGGCAUACGAGCUCCUGGAGCUGCAAUGCAAGGCGGUGCAGCUGCAAAACGUGCUGGUUUGGCAAGACCAUCUUCGGGUUACUAUAGCCUCACAGUUACAGCCAAAGGAAUGCAACCGGCCGCAUCAAAUGCUGAUUGUGAAGCGGGAAGACAAUCUCCUACAGAUAGUAUGUCGUCAGCAUCUUCCCGAGGUAGCGCUCAAAGUCUUAAUAAAACUACGGUUAUAAAGACAACUGGUACCUCUAAUAAUAGCAAUGCGUUGAAAUCAAAUACUACAGCGGCUCUUACCAAAAUUACCAUCGGUUCUACAGGUAUUCCAAAACCAUCUGGCCUUAGGCCGCCUUCGAAUAUAAAACGCAGUGGACUUCCAAGACCAUCGAGUUUUAUAAAAACUGAUAAAUAAAGUAAAAUAUUAUUUUAAUAUUUCUUUUCCCAUAAGAAACUACUUUAAAUUGCUCUCUUUUUUUUAUCUCAUAAACUUAUUUAAGUUCUCAAAUAUGUUAGCAUGUCUAUAUAAGGACCUUCUAACUUCUCCCUCUUCAUUUUAACUUUAAGCGUAUACUUAACAUGUGUACUAAGUGAAAAAAAAACUCAGUUUUUGUCCAUUUAUAUUAUUACUGAUUUCGUAAUUAUUAUAAAGCAAAACUGAUACUCAACUUAUCAAUCAAUUAAAUCCAUUAAUCCGUACUAACUUACUAACUUUGGCUAAUUAUUAAUUUCGACUGUAUUUUUUGUAUGUCGCAUUUAUUAAA